AUGUUGACAGAAGCCAUAACCACAACGAUGCGCCCUACCUCGGCCGCCUGUCACUUGCUUGUGACAUCGCCUCGUACCGCAUCGAAUUUGCUUGUCCGGAUCCUUCACUUUGAGGGACAGGGCGCCCGGCCGAUAAAGAGCAGCGGGUACUUCUGGUUGCCGUCGAUCCUCAAGCGCUACGUGGUACUGGGGAAGCCCAUGUCUGGAUGGACGACCGAGGAGAAGAAAGACAUCGACGAGGUUGAGCAACAAUGCUUCAACAACCUGCUGGAUUAUAUAAAGAAAGCCGAAAGCGAAGGCCAAUUGGUCUUGUUCAAGGAGCACGCUCUGCUGCUGAACCAUCCGUUCUUCGAGUCCAAAUUCGCUCACGGGAAAGGCGCUACGAUUGGCAAACCCACGGUGCUGGGGAGUGGUACACGCUCUUCAUUAAAUAAGACUGUACUUUCGGACGAAUUCCUCAAGACCAAGCCAACAUUUCUUAUCCGACACCCCGCAUUAUCACUCGCCUCGAUGUAUCGCGCGGCACGCAGCGACGUGUUGGGCCGUACGGACAAAGAGCCCAGCAUCAUUGAGAGGUCUUCGACCUGGAGCAGGAGUCUAUUUGACUUUUACGAGGCCGAGCACGAUAAUGGGGGAGAGCGGCCGCUUGUACUGGAUGCGGAUGACAUGAUGACCUCCCCAGAGCUAAUGUUGAAGUACGCCAGACUUACCGGAUUGGAUCCCGACAAGUUACGCUUUUCCGCUAGCGAUAGUGUAAAUCUUGACAAGGUCGCUGGCGAUCUUGAUGUUGCUAAAGAGGCGGCCAAGUGGCGGGCCGAGUUCGGUGACGAGGAUGGGAGCAAGCUGGAGAGCUGGGUUCGUGCAGCUAUGCCUGAUUACGAGUACAUGCGGUCAAAGAGGUUAAAGAUCUAG